AUGUUGACUCUUUUCAUUCUUGUUGCUGUCCCAUUGGCAGCCGCUUAUUACAUCUUCAUCGAGCCUUUAUUUCUGAACCCCAAGAGCAAGAUUCCUGGACCAAAGUUGUUUGCACUCUCUAAAUGGCGUCUGGCCUUGGAGGAAUACAGAGGAAACCGGACAAGAGCUAUACAAGCGCUUCACGAAGAAUACGGUCCAAUUGUGCGCAUUGGUCCUAACGAGGUUCACUGCAACAAUCUCGACGCCCUUCGCACCAUUUACGGAGCCGGAAGUGGUUUUGAAAGAACCUGGUUCUAUCGUAUGUUCGAUGCAUAUGGUAGACAGAACCUGUUCACCUUCUACACAACCAAGGCGCACAGUGAUCGCAAGAAGUUGGUCGCCAACGCUUACUCCAAGUCGCUGAUGCUCAAUGGACCAGCGGCUCGUAUGGUGCAAGAGAAAGUCGCCAAUUACAUGGCACUCAUNCGAGGGAAAGGCGAUCAACCUCACGAAAUCUUCAGCAGCCUUCACUACUUCUCUAUCGAUGCCAUUACCCAUUUUCUAUACGGAUCUUCCUUUGGCGGAACAUCUGCGCUAAACGGCAAUGUCCAACAUCGUGCUCUUCUCAACGACAUCAUCGAUCCAACUCGCCGCUACUUGAGCUGGUUUGCCGUACACUUUCCAACCUUGACAAGAUGGAUGUACUCUCGCGAAGGUCUGACGGAGCGUAUACUCAAGCCGCUUCUGCCCAUGCAGAAGCCUACAACCUAUACUGGAAUCCGCAAGCAUGCCUUAGAAGCCUACCAAAGCUUUGAAAGCGCAGCCAAAACAAACGUGGAUCUAACCACCAAAGAGCCUACCAUCGUAUCACGUCUAUGGAAUUCUCACGAAAGCGUCAAUAAAUCUGGCCGUUAUAGUCUGGACUCUCUUGAUAUCGCUUCUGAAUGUGCGGAUCACCUGCUUGCCGGUAUCGAUACAACAGCCGAUUCGUUAAUGUUCCUGAUAUGGGCGUUGUCUCGCCCACAGAACUCGCAUAUACAGGAACGACUGGUCGAGGAAGUCCGUGACCUGCCAGAAGACGCCUUCGAAAAUAACAUGCCCAAGCUCGAUGUUAUCGAUAAACUCCCCUAUCUGAAUGCAGUCAUCAAAGAGACACUUCGACUUUAUGCUCCGCUGCCAGCUUCUGAGCCUCGAUCGAUCGGAACUGAUUGUAUUAUCUCUGGAUACACGAUACCUGCCCGCACUAUAGUCAACAUGUCGCCUUACUCCCUGCACCGCAAUGCCGAUGUGUUUGACAAGCCACUAGAGUUCAACCCUGAGCGGUGGUGCGGCGAGCCAGACAAAGUGGCACUAAUGAACCGAUGGUUCUGGGCUUUCUCGAGUGGUGGUCGUAUGUGUAUAGGNAUUACAGUAAGUCGAAGGCUAGCAGCAACCGUUUUUGGCCUCUAUACUAAAAGAUAUGACAGCUUGGCCAUGGCAGAGAUGACAGCCUUGACAGUCGCGGUCUACAGAGAUUAUAACACUUCUAUCGCCCCAGGCUUUGAGAACAAAUCGCCCGCAAUCACCUCACGAUUCGAGUUGUUCUAUGAUGUGACUGUCCCAGAAAUAGCAGAUCACGAAUGCAUGAUAACAUUCACCAAGGCAUCUUAG